AUGAGCGACACGGAGGCGGAAAGCUCCACCGCUUCGGGUCAGGCUGACUUGCAGACGGUAGGCAGCUCACGCUCAGUGUUGCGCCUGCUGUGGCAGUACCUGCCAUUUCAGGCACAGUUGGCCUUGCGCGUUGUAAAUGCAUCCGGGAUUGGUGGCAUGCUGGCUACUCUGGCGCCUACAUUACCUGCUGUCGAAGUGAACGAAACUGCAGACUUAGGAGCGUGCUGGGCGGCUCAGGAAACACCUUCAGAUGCAGCUUCCUCCGCUCUUGCGAGCGUAGCCCCGAGCCAUGACUUCCUGGCGCAAGUUUCCACCGCACAGCCAGGCUUGGUGCAGCAUGCGGCCAUUGAUGCGUUUCACAAAAUAGGAAAGCUAUCGUCUAUCCAAAUGCCUUGGGAGCUCGCCCCGGUGCGUACCAUAUUCGACGGCAUGGAAGCAUCACUUGAGCCCAACUUGUCAGCGCACCCGCUGACAGAGGCAUGUACGGUGGUGUCAGAUCGGACGCCGGCGAAGCCAGCUAACCCUGCAACAGUUUGUGAUUUUGUCUCUGCCGAUUUAGGACCGGUGUUCUCUAGCGUUGUUAAGGCCGGCACGGGUUUCUCACCUCAGGAAAAGCGAGAGCAUGAGUGGUCUAAAGGGGUCAAUCUUUGGGCGGAUAUAUGUGUGCGAUUCAAGCAUGAGUGCGAGCCUGGAAUUGCCGCUGCCACUGCCAGCGAUUCCACACCGGCGCGAUUCCGGGAAGAAGUGAUAUCGAACGUUGAAGCUUGCCUAGGUGUCAAGUCUCCUUUCACGGUCCGUAAAAGAGCGUAUAGUUUUGCCGCGUGGUUGCGUUGGAGAGACGCGGAGCUGCCGUGCUGCACGGCCAAUCUCACCGAAGCCGAUGCGUGGAGAUACGUUGCAAGCUUGAAGGCCAAUAGAGCGCCGCCAACCAAGGCGGAUGCGUUCCUAAGUUCAGUUCGCUUUGCGCACCAUGUCCUAGGUUUCAGGUUGUCCAUUGUGGUUGAUAGCAAGCGCGUGAGGGGAGCGGCGCAGCAGAUGUUUGCUGGAAAAGCAGCACUCAAGCAGGCGCGCGUGUUGUCUGUGCGGCAGGUUUUAGCCCUGCAUGCCGGGCUUGCAGAUAGCUCUCGCCACUUGUUUGACAGAGCGAUGUGUGCGUACACCUUGGUGGCACUGUAUGGCAGAGCGAGACACUCCGAUCUCGAACAAAUUAGUGUCAUGACGCAUGACCAUGACCACCAAGGCGGAUUCUUGGAAAUUUUGACAAGGAAACACAAGGGUGCCAAAUCGGCCCAGAAGAAGAGCCGUUUCAUGCCGAUUCUGGUGCCAGCCAUUGGCAUCCACGGCAAGCCCUGGAUGCACCUGCUUGUGGAAGUCUUCGAGAAGUUGAAGCUGCCUGUGCGUGGUGAGAUUAACGGGCCCCUACUCAGAGUGCCCGUGGACAGUGAGUGCUCCGCAUUUGCCGCUAGAGCCGUUAGCUCGGGAGAGGUCAGUGCGUUCCUGCGUGCCUUUCUGUCAGUCCCGCCGCCAGCAGCGGGCGAAAGAGAAGUGCUGGAAGUGAAGGACGAGGCGGACAAGGAAAUAAGUCCAGCGUUGGAGUGUCCAGGGCAACCGCGUGAGCAGAACAGCUCGUCUUCCUCCUCGGAGUCGGAGUCGGAAGAUUCCGGCAGCGACAGUGGCGGUGAGCAGCAAGCCGCUAUGCAGGUCAAGAGGCAGAGAGGACGCAAGCCGGUAAACCGCGAAGCGCAGGUGUGGUGGGUGCACUGCAAGUCGCAAGUGUUACACUUGGUGAACGGCCAAGAGUCAGAGUUGGCCGAGACAAGGGUCUUUGCGUGUGGUAGAUCUGUGUCAAUGUCUUACAGGCUCGCAGAAGAAGCGGAUCUGGAAGGGCAUGAGUGCUGCACAUGUAGGAAGAACAAGUAA